AUGUCUGAAUUAACUGAAAAUAGAGGACAAAUUCAACGAGGACAACAUGCACUUCGAAGACGCGAUUUUAAUGAAAGGAAUAUUCAACAAGAAGGAAAAGUUCGCUUCGAAAAAGUCGAAACGCAGUUACUUCAGCGUCCGCCAUUGCAUGAAACAGGGCAGAGUUCAUUUGCUAUUUUUUGUGACAAUGCAUUGAAGAGUGAGAAGGAAAAUAGCAACAAAACGCCUGAAUUCGUGAGCGAGAUAAAUAAAUUAGAGCAAUCUGACGAUGAAGAAAUGGAUGUUGAUGGAAGUUCGACUGGGUCAACCCAUAGUCACGAAAACGAUGAAAACUUUGAUCCUGGAACGCUUGAUGUGGGAAGCCGGAAAAGAGGAGAAAUUAUGGUUUUUGAUCACUGUCCACCAUAUCCAGCGCCCAUUAUAAAUGAAGACAGCACAGGUCACAGAAUGAUUUUCCAUAAAGACUAUGAAAUGGAUUGUUUCCAGUAUAUGCGUUUUUUAGAAAGUAAGCAUACAUUCAGUUCUGAAAUGUUGCAAGGCAAGGAUUUCUCCCUCAGAAAACGACGCUGUUCUUUUGAUUGGAUGGUUCAAGUCAGCUCAGAAUAUAAUUUUGCUCCAGAUACAAUUCACUUGGCUAUAGCUAUAUUUGAUCGCGUUUUAAUGGCAUAUCCCGUAAAUAAUGUUGCCAUAAUAGCUUUUGCAGCUGCAGCAAUUUUAAUUGCUUCAAAAAUGGAGGAAAUCUACAGUUUAGGAACUGAUCUUAUCGCACAGCUUACUAAUGAUUUAGUCGUGCGAGCUGAGCGAUAUAUUCUGAUUUCCAUUGAUUACCGGUUGGAUAUUGCGACUUCCUUUUGGUUUGCACAUUUUUUAAACCAUCGAAUGGAAAUGAGUGAAAAUUUCAUUUGUUUGACAUAUUAUUUACUGGAACUGAGUGCGAUGUUUGUUGAAUAUUUGGAUCACAGACCAAGUGUUUUGGCGAUAUCCUCAAUUGUUCUGGCUCGCUUAUGUAUAAUGAAGGAUGAAGAUCCUUGGCCAAGCUCACUAGAGUCAUUUGGUAUAACUUUUGAUGAAGUGAAAAAAGGAUUGUCAUUCAUGCGUGCAGUUUUUCAACAAGGACCACAUAUGGAUUAUCGCGGCAUUUAUAAUAAAUACUCUAAGAGACAAUUUUUUUCUGUCGCGACAUCAUAUGUGGCACCAAAUAUUGACGCAUUACUCUAG